AUGCAGAGGCGCCAGCCCGCAAGAUGGCGGCGUCCGGCGGUGGCCCUGAUACUCCGGGCCCCUCACCUGCCCGCCAGGGAGUUGUCAGCUCCGGCUCGGCUCUCUCACAAGAAGGUUGUUGAUCAUUAUGAAAAUCCCCAGAAUGUGGGGUCCCUUGAUAAGACAUCUAAAAAUGUUGGAACCGGAUUGGUGGGGGCUCCAACGUGUGGUGAUGUCGUGAAAUUACAGAUUCAAAUGGAUGAAAAUGGGAAGAUCGUGGAUGCCAGUUUUAAAACAUUUGGCUGUGGUUCUGCUGUUGCCUCCAGCUCGUUAGCCACUGAAUGGGUAAAGGGGAAGACGGUGGAGGAAGCCUUGACCAUCAAAAACACAGACAUCGCCAAGGAGCUGUGCCUCCCGCCUGUGAAACUACACUGCUCCAUGCUGGCCGAAGAUGCCAUCAAGGCUGCCCUGGCUGAUUAUAAACUGAAACAAGAACCCAAGAAAGGAGAGGCUGAGAAGAAAUGA